AUGUCGCACAUUGCUCGCGACGCAAAGGCUAUAGCCGACACAGCUAAAGGAAUCGGCAAAGCUGCCAGUGAAAGCUUCAUAGAGCUCAGAACCCGACGAGAACGGAGAUUUCGCGAUGUCGAGAACAGUUUGCCAGAUGUUAAAUCUCUCCAGGCUUCCGAUCACCGCCCUUCCGUGGUCUCUAGUGUCCUCUCCAGCCUAGGAUCUUGGAACCCUUUCCCCCAGCCCGUAACAGACAACGACACCGUCUGGCUUCUCGACAACACAGCUUAUAGAAAUUCCCGAGGAAAUUGGGAGGCCGAGUUUGUCGCAGCCGUAUUUGACAAGGAUACCGGCGUUGAAGUCAGCACAAUCGUUGCGGAUAUCGCCGAGAAAGUUGGACUGGGAAAGGGUGAUGCGCAAGAGGCUACGAUUCGGGAUAGGUUGACACCUUUUGUGCAGAAUAUCCUGCCAGGAAGGUCCGUGAAAAUUAAGUUUGCAGGACAGCAGGAGAUCAAUUUGGGACCGGGUGGUAGGGAUGGCAUCAGUAGCGAUAUCAAGGCCGUGCCUUCGCAUAGGGAUGGUGCCGUUGUCGCGAGCUUCGCGUUGGUGCCGAAAGGAGCAAAUGGCAUUUUGCAAUCGAAGACUGCGUAUGCCGAGCCUGAAGGAUGGGGUGUGAUUUCUGACAUCGACGACACCAUCAAGAUUACGCAGACUGGUGACCCCAUUGGGAUUCUGCGAUCAACCUUCGUAUCUCCAGGCACGCCAAUCGAAGGUAUGCCUGAACUGUACGCCUUCAUCCAGAAGAUGAUUUCUCCCGCAUCGCCUUUCUUCUACCUCUCCGCGUCACCUUACAACCUCUAUUCGUUCCUCCGUGACUUCCGGACAAAGUUCUAUCCCCAAGGAACGAUCAUCCUUCGAGAUGCCAGCUGGAUGAACCUCUCAGGCCUUCUCUCUAAUCUCACCGUCGCUACUCAGCAGUACAAGGUAGACCGCAUCACCAAGAUCAAUGGGUGGUUGCCCAAGCGCAAGAUGAUCUGUAUUGGGGAUUCGACGCAAGCUGACCCCGAGACCUAUGGGGAAGUCUACCGCAAACACAAGGGCUUCGUGAAACUUAUCCUCAUCCGGAAAGUGACCGACAUCGCCGCCCUCAGCAUCGAAGAGAAGAACGAGCCGAAACGCUUCAAGAAAGCGUUCAAGGAUGUCCCGAGAGAUGUCUGGCACGUCUUUGAAUCGCCGGAAGAGUGUUACCAGCUCAUCAAAGAUGCCCUGGCUCGGGGCUAA